CCUUUUCCAGUAUCAGUCUGGCACUGAGCUGGUUGAGUUUUAUCAUGGUAUUGUUUUAUAAAAGCCUCUACCAAAGUUAAACUGAUUUGUUGGUGUUGUCGGUAUCUGUUGGGCCUCUGGAAUGAAAGUCUACAGGUACAUUCCCCCGCCUGCUGCAGUUUUUGGGAGUGGCUGAGGGCUAACCUGGGACACAACAGCAGAGCAGACAUUUCCUGAAGACAGCCCCUGAGGAUGGAGCCCUCCUGCCCAGCGUUUGUGGCCUUGGUGGCUGUGCUGUUCUGCAGUGGGAAAGCUUCAGACAUCUGCCAUCAAAAGCCUUGUCCCGAGUACCAAGUGGUGGAAACAAACCCGGAGUUUGAGGAGCGGCGUUAUGUUGCCACUGACUGGAUCACCACAAAUAUUGCCGGCAAGGAGAGUGCUGAUUUCCUGGCUGCAAAUGAGAGACUGAAGGCUGAAUGUCAGAGACUGAAGAAAGCAGGUCAGGAGAUCCCCGACUCCUGGCCGGUGCUGGUCACCGUCACUGAGGGAACAGAUAAACCUGACAUUUCCUUGUCCUGGUUUGUCCCACCUGGUAUGAAACCUGAAAUCUCCGACUCCUCAGUCACCCUGCAGCACAGAGAGGCCGCCACCGUUUACAUCAGGUCUUUUGGUGGCACUCCAAGUCUGCAGCUUGGUCUGGAAAAUACAAAAGUCCUCCGUGAGGCUUUGGUCAAAGCUGGGAAAAGCUUUGAUCCACACACCUAUCACGGGGCUGCUUACGACUCCUUUUUCUCCCUCACACACCACAACGAAGUCUGGAUCUAUGCUGCCUGACCGCUGCUGAAUGCAGUGGUCGACAUUGUAUAGUCAUCUAUAGAUUUAUUUGAUAUUACUGCACUGCUGGAAUAUGAUCUAAUCAUGUUGAUUCUCCACAUAUCCACACUUGUAUACAAUUUAAAUGCAGUAAUACAAAUAUGAACCAAUCUAUUAUAUUCUGUGUAUGACUGGAACUGUGCAAUUGAGUUAUAAAGAUAUUAAAUAUGUAAUUUUCUGUGUGUAUUAUCAUUGCAGUUGUCAUCUUAAAUCUUUUUUAAUAUCAAUCAAGGUUGAUGCAAAGCUGGGAGGAUCCUCCUGAAAGUCUAUCGCCUAAAAAUGCAAUCUACUAGUUAGACUUGUUAGACUAGAUGAAAGAUAAAAGCUCACUCGAAGUGGCUGUCUGCUGACAGGUUUACUGAAACACAUGUUUGUGAAGCGCGUCACUUAAUUAAAAAUAUCUCACAGUCUCACAAUGUUGUUAUCAAAGUAUCACACUUUCUGCCUUCUCUUUUGUGUUUAGGUUCAGCAUUUUGUUUGCAUUUGUUAGCCGGCCCAGCUAUGCACAGCCUCCAUGCAGAUCUUGGAACAUGAUUAUGAGGCAGACUCAUUUUUUUCUGUCUGGGUUGCUCCCCCAUAAAAUCAGGUGUUUUAUGCGUUAACCCUGGAAACUUGGGGGGCAAAUUCACAAGUAGGUUUGCAUGAAACACGUCA